CGGCUCAAGAACUGGGAGUUAGGGACGCGCGCACCGGACCUUCCGCCGAGGCCACUGCCGCCGCCGCCGCCCAGAGCCGGAGGCACCGGGGCCGGGGGAGCCGGGCGGCGGGAGAACCAGCGGGCCGGGGGGAGGGUGGGGGAUGGCGCGGACCCCGGGGCCGGCUCCACUGUGCCCCGGAGGCGGCAAGGCACAACUUUCCUCCGCUUCUCCCCCCGGGGCCGGGCUCCUGCUGCCGCCCCCGACGCCGCCGCCGCCGCCGCUGCUGCUCUUUCCGCUGCUGCUCUUCUCCUGGCUCUGUGGUGCCUUAGCUGGACCAAUUAUUGUGGAGCCACACGUCACAGCAGUGUGGGGAAAGAAUGUUUCGUUGAAGUGCUUAAUUGAAGUAAAUGAAACUAUAACACAGAUUUCAUGGGAGAAGAUACAUGGCAAAAGUUCACAGACUGUUGCAGUUCAUCAUCCUCAACAUGGAUUCUCUGUUCAAGGAGAAUAUCAGGGAAGAGUCUUGUUUAAAAACUAUUCAAUUAAUGAUGCAACGAUUACUCUACAUAACAUAGGAUUCUCUGAUUCUGGAAAGUACAUAUGCAAAGCUGUUACAUUCCCACUUGGAAAUGCUGAGUCCUCUACAACUGUAACUGUAUUAGUUGAACCUACUGUGAGCCUGAUAAAAGGGCCAGAUUCUUUAAUUGAUGGAGGAAAUGAAACAGUAGCAGCCAUUUGUAUCGCAGCCACUGGAAAACCAGUUGCACAUAUUGAUUGGGAAGGUGAUCUUGGAGAAAUGGAAUCCACCACAACCUCUUUUCCAAAUGAAACAGCAACAAUCGUCAGCCAAUACAAGCUUUUUCCUACCAGAUUUGCCAAAGGAAGGAGAAUUACUUGCGUUGUAAAACAUCCAGCCUUGGAAAAGGACAUCCGAUAUUCCGUCAUAUUAGAUAUACAGUAUGCUCCUGAGGUUUCAGUAACAGGCUAUGAUGGAAACUGGUUCGUAGGAAGAAAAGGUGUUAAUCUUAAAUGUAAUGCUGAUGCAAAUCCACCACCCUUCAAAUCUGUGUGGAGCAGGUUAGAUGGACAGUGGCCUGAUGGUUUAUUGGCUUCAGACAAUACUCUUCAUUUUGUCCAUCCACUGACUUUCAAUUAUUCUGGUGUUUAUGUCUGUAAAGUGACCAAUUCGCUUGGCCAAAGAAGUGAUCAAAAGGUCAUCUAUAUUUCAGAUGUUCCAUUUAAGCAGACCUCUUCUAUAGCCGUAGCUGGAGCUGUAAUUGGAGCUGUCCUUGCCCUCUUCAUCAUUGCCAUCUUCCUGACUGUGCUGUUGACUCCUCGAAAAAAGAGACCAGCCUACCUCGACAAAGUGAUCGACCUUCCACCCACACAUAAACCACCUCCUAUGUAUGAAGAACAAUCUCCCCCUUUGCCUCAGAAAGACCUUCUAUAUCAAACUGAACACUUGCCUCUGCAGACUCAGUUCAGAGAAAGAGAGACUGGAAGUGUCCAGCGCCCUAAUGGACUGAACAGCAGGAGAUUCGACUGUGAAGAUGAGAAUCCGGUGGGGGAGGAUGGGACUCGGCAGAUAUACCCCCUGUAUGAUCAGAUGCGCCACCCAGACGGGAGCCCUGGCAGACACCGUCCGUGUAGCGACCUGGAGGGCAUCUACAUCAACCCGCGGGAGCACUACGUGUGAAGGCCCUGUUUCUCCAGUGCUGUCUUAGCAAAUGUUUCCUCUUAGAUUGGGGGGAGAGAAACCGAGGCCAAUAGUUAUGAUUUUAUUCUCUCUCAUAUAAAGCAAUCCCAGUCUAAGCGUAUCGGAAGUUGUGAUGAAUGACUUGGCGCCAAGAGAGAAUUUCUUCUUUCGUUAAGAGUUUCUUCGCCACCAGCUGUUUGUGAACUUGACUCUAGCUUUGUGUGUUUCUGUGAUGAUGGCGUUUAACUACUAACAUUUGGCCCACAAUGGCAUGUUCAUUUAAAAGUAGAGCAUCUGCCUGGGAUGACGGCAGUGAUUCUCCAGAAAGAAAGGCCCAGCUGGGAAUAUUAACCUCACUGGGUCUCAGGCAGACCAGCCUGUUCAUGUGAUUCAAACAAGCAGGAAAAGGAGCUCAGACUCCAUCGCACUAAUAUUUCAUGGAAUUUGGGCUUUCCUGACUUGUUUAGUACGCUUACAAUACCUGCUUACAAAUAAGAGGCUAAGAGGCUACUUUAUUGUUUAUCCCAAAACAUAACAAAAGGCAGUUUAAACCUUCAGGUCUGGUGGUUGUGAUACUGUACUGUGUGUUCCUUCCUAUGAUCUCAGGAUCACCAGGGUCCUGAGGGAUGCAUACUUUUUGCUAUCAUCGACCUAGUCUUGAUGAACUGUGUGCUAACUAAGGUUGUUCUCUUACUUGGUCAUUGUUCCCACAGUUCUGUUCUUUGCAGUCCAGAUUAGCCUAUUUCCCACCUGUUAAAAUCUAAAAGCCCCUUUCUAUAUGGGGGACAGCCUUGAGCCUUUUCCCCUUUUCUGGGGUAUUGUAUUUGACAGGCUCACCUUUCAUUACUGAAAUUUCUUUCAAACUAAUCCUGUCUACACAGGCUUCAGCUACCCUCUGCAUUCUUCAGACUUCUUAUUGUCCAUGUUUUAUCUACCUCAGGGGGAAAAAAAAAAAAGCCUGAUGGAAAAAGCACCAUGAAAUAAUCCUUGCUCUUAAAAGCCAGGUCAAAACUUUGAAAACCUAAAAAUAAAACAAAAAAGCCGCAUUAAUAUGGCCUGUGUGCUAAACCCACAUGUGGUCCUUGAUCCUUCCUCACCGUCUUUACCUGGUCAAUAAUAAGAGAAAGGAGAUGCUAACAGCAGAUAUGACAGUGACUGGCUUACUAGUGUUUCCUGCAGCAUCUUGGUGCCUGCCAAUGUCUGUCUGGAAUUUUCUCACUUCUCUUUGCCAGCCUUUCCUCACUGAGCUCUGAAGGUAGCAAUUAUGAUGGGGUGAGUGGAGUGGGGAGCAGAGGGACACGUGUGGGUGUCAGCCUCCCGUCCUCACGUCUUGGACAAGCAUUGCUUACGAUGAGUUCUGGAAGCCUAUGGGUCUGUCACAGAUAGGAAAUUGCAGACUUGUCAUAUGUUAGGAAAGCGUGAUGUAGCACUGAAAUAAAAUUGUACACAUUUCCAACCUAAGCUUCACGGGCUAGGAGAAUAUUAACGUGGAUUUCUAGUGGGACGCCAAAGAUAAGUUAUGAUUCACGUUGCCCUGACUCUGUUUCUCGCUUGUGUAUUUAUUUCCUUUCUUCAGUUGCCUUGCUUUGUCAGAAAAAGUAUCCAAGUUGUUCUGCAGUAGUAAUGCAACGCCACCCUCCUUUACAUGGAUGACCGGCAAUUCUGUGAAAGAUUAUAGUUGUUGUUUACACGCUAAGCCAUGUCCGACUCUGUGACCUCAUGGACUAGCCUGCCAGACUACUCUGUCCUUGGGAUUUCCCAGGCAAAAAUACUGGAGUGGGUUGCCAUUUUCUUCUCCAGGGGAUCUUCCCGACCCAGGGAUAGAACCUGCAUCUCCUGUGUUGGCAGGCAGAUUCUUUACCGCUGAGCCACCUGGGAAGCCCCAGAAGAUGAUAGCUACAUGGAAUCCAAGAGUAAACGCCGGGGACCGUCAUUGCUGUAUCACUGCACUACCUCAAAGUCCGUUCACUGCCCUUGCUAGCGAGCUGGCACAGGAAGAAGGUACCCGACUUUAUUACUGGGAAUCCCAUCAGUGGGUUAAUGUAACCGAAGGUGUAGGGAUCCUCGCAGUGUCUUCCAGUAGAAAGUUGACUCUAGUCAGAGCUCUCCGGGAUGAGGAAGUGGUUUGUACGUACUGGAUGUUACAGUGGAAGAUACGGAGGUGCAGUCGCUCCGUUAGUGAGCUUUAGAAAUUGGGGAUGGUUUCUUGGGUCCUGGUGGGAAGCAAAUUGUUGGAUUAGUGUUACAAAAGAAGACCUUGGACCUCAGGGGAAAUUGAGAUGUCUUCGUUGGCACUAGGGAGAGAGAUUGGAAGCACUGAGCUUCAGAACGCUUUGACCUGUCUUUCUGCCUUCCUACCAGCAAGUAGCCACUAUUGCAAUUUUUGACAUUCUUGGUGUAGUUAUAGAAAAGAAAUCUCAGGGUGUAGACUCCUCUUGCAACAGCCAGCUAGUUCAAUAUCCUCUUUGCUUCUCUGUCAGCUAUGAUAUUUCUUUAACAAACUGGUAGAUUUUAUAGCUGUUGGCCCCUUACAUGGGUCACAGAAGCUAUAUAAUUGCUUAUCCCGGUGCCUUCCAUCUGUUCUCUCUAAAUACUGAGGGGAAUAGAAUGGAGCUUUAAAAGGGUUUGAUCAACAAGCUCCCUCAAGCAAAAAAUGCCAUCCAAAAUUAGCUUGUUGAUCUCUAAAUUUGGAGUCUAGACCACUUGAGGAUGGACAGUUAAAUUUGGAAGUCAGACUCUUCAAGGUCCGUGAGUGAGGCUUAAGGAUGUGAGCCACAGCUGAUACUAGAUACUCUUCCCAUAACUGGUUUAUUAAAACACACUGAACCAGAAAUAAAUCCCAGAGUGCUUAUCCACUUACACUUGCAGCUUUGCAUUUCAAGGGGGCGUGUGCAUGCUCCGUCUUAAACACACAGCCCAGAUUUUGUAGAUGGCCUAACCUCCAGGAGCAUGCCUCAUCGCUGCAAUAGCAGAUCAUCCGGUUCUCUGCACACUACACUCAACUAGUGUCAGCGUCACUGAGGAUUGCUCUGACGUAAUGGGAUAAGCAUUUAGAUUAAUUCUUAAAAGGCAGUGGUUUGUUUUCUCUUCUAUGAGGGUUCCUCUAUCCUUGGCUUUCUUGUAUGUUCUGUUCAAUUUUAGAACAUGUAAGAAGGCCAAGGAUAGAGGAGCCUGGUGGGCUACAGUCCGUGGGGUCGCAGAGUCAGACAUGACUGAGCAGCUGAGAACACACAGAUAAGAAAUAGUGUCAGAAUAUGCUAGUUGGCUUUGAAGACUCUUAGCUGCCCUUGGCUUCCCUGUGACAUGCACGUGUGGGGGCGAGGGGCGGUCAGUGAAACGAACGUGGAAGUGUCGGGACCCCUGCCCUGGCUCAGUUCUGUGCUUCUCUUGUUCCUCUGCUGAACCAGCAACAGCGGGCAGCUUGUAAGCCUGUUCAGCUGUGGACUGGGCCUGGGUUCAUCUUAUGGCCCUUGAAAGGUAUUUGUGUUCCUUCCAUUAAAAUUGUAAGCUGGACUUUGUCAGUUUGGUCACUUGCAAUUAUUAGGUGGUUUGGUGGGCUUCUGACUGAUAGCUCAGCUGGUAAAGAAUCCGCCUGCAAUGCGGGAGACAUGGGUUUGAUCCCUGGGUUGAGAAGAUGCCCUGGAGAAGGGAAAGGCUACCCACUCCAGUAUUCUGGCCUGGAGAAUUCCAUGGACUGUAUAACCCAUGGGGUCGCAAAGAGUCCGACACGACUGAGCAACUUCCCCUUUUGGUGGCUUGCAGUAGACGGGGGCUGUAGGUCUCCUCCCGCAGCCUCGCCAGGUGGUAUGCUGCCUGGAAACCUGGUUUUAAGCCGGUGUCUGCACCGUUCAUGCAGGCACCAGAACAGACAUCCGACCGCAGCCAACCUGUCAUGCAAGCUCGAAAAAGUCCCCACUCCAUUCUUGUAGAGAACCCACCAAUACUUUGUGUAAAAGGGUUAUUAGAAGUGAAUCCAGUAAUAUUACAGCUGACUCAGUGUCAGGCAGCCUGAUUCUGUUCAACUUCUAGACCCAGAGCAGGUUAGUGAUCUAGGAAUCCUGGAGCUCGUGGGCUUGCUAGCGCUGUAUGCCGUUUGUGAAAGGGGGAAGCGCCCUGUAGGAUGUUUCCAGUCCACAUACCUUUAACACCGUUAAUUUGACCCCUGAAAAUAAUCACCGAUUAACAAAGUCUCUGGUGCUGAAUUCUUGUGGUAGUAGCCUCUGAAGUGAGCUUUUCGAAUGCUAACUAACAACCUUUGGAGGGUGUAUUCCCAACUAGGAAAUGUCAAAUGUUAACUAAAUGCUUCCAGGGUGUAUGGUUAAGACCACUUAACAAGUGCCGAAAUAAUUUUUUUUUUAGUUGAUAUUAUUUUUAUUUAUUUUUUUUCCAUUUAUUUUUAUUCAUUGGAGGCUAAUUACUUCACAAUAUUGUAGUGGUUUUUGUCAUACAUUGACAUGAAUCAGCCAUGGAU